CUUAUAAAUUAUAGCCAGAAAAUGAUACAGAGGUAAACACUGACAGGAAGUAGACAGAUUCAGACAGCUUCGUGUGUGAUACACAAAAUGGCACCCAGGAACGAAGAGGAGCGUUUCCCAUUGUGGUGGAAUCCUGUUCUUCGCGAAGCACCGCCUAAGUCCGCAGAGCUGUUCCUUAAGGACAAACAGAGGGAUGACGGUGCCGAGGGGCUAUGGCGCGUCCACGAUGGUCUCUAUGACAUUUCCUCCUUCAUAGACAACCAUCCAGGUGGCUCAGAAUGGUUACGACUCACCAAGGGGACAGAUAUCACGGAAGCGUUCGAAGCUCACCACACUACAACUGCAGCAGCUCAUAUGUUGGAACUUUUUUAUGUGAGGCGAGCCUCUACGCCACGAAACUCACCCUACACUUUCCACAAGGAUGGGUUUUAUCGUACCCUACAACGACGAGCACGGGUUGCUCUGGCUGGAGUUCCCCGAGGCCCCAACUUCGCUUCUGCCCUUAUAGCAGAUUUGCUUGCUCUGGGCACGAUAACGUUCUCCGUGCUGGCCGCUGCCACCAGCAGCUAUUCCAUGGGAACCUUGGCUGGUCUCCUUGUGGCACUGAACGUCGUCACAGCCCACAACUUCCUGCACCAGAAGGACAACUUCCGCAUGUAUUAUUUCAACCUGUCUUUCAUGUCGUUCAGAGACUGGCGAGUGGGGCACGCUAUGAGCCACCACCUGUUCCCCAACUCGCUGCUCGAUCUGGACAUCUCCAUGUUCGCUCCACUAUUCCAGUACCUGCCGGACCCUUCCAAGACCUUGUGGGGCCGUUACGGCCCCUGGAUCUACAGUCCGUUUAUCUACAGCAUCAUGUUUCACGGACACAUGUUUCUCAGAUUGUGGCCCUUGGCUAAGGGAAGGAUUGAUUCUCUACGCUUGGAUGACGCUAUACCUCUUGUGAUCCCUGUGUCAAUGAUGGCGUUUGCUGGUGUGAGCCCCGGGGAUGCGUUCUGGAUGUGGAUGUGGGUCACAGUAACCUCAAGCCUCUUCUUCCACAUCAUUGCCUUCAAUGGAGCUCAUCACCAUCCUGAGAUAUUCCACGAGGGGGACGCCCCCAGAGGUGACCGGGACUGGGGUCUGGCUCAGUUGGAUACCGUGAGAGAGCGACCAGCGGUGAACAGUUCCUUAUUUGCUGCUCUGACGAACUUUGGUUAUCACGGACUGCAUCAUCUGUUCCCUGCCGUGGAUCACAGCCGUCUUCCUAUUCUCUACCCCGCACUGAAGAUUACCUGCGAAGAGUUCCGUGUCAGUUUCGCAGAGUAUUCACUCCUCGAGAUGUACAAGGGGCAGUUUCAGCAGAUUGCUAGAAACAAACCGAACCUCGUUCCGCCGGGACAAAUAGACAUCGGAGAAGUGACACGCCAUAAAUAGAGUUCCCGGAAUUGGGUACGUUUGGCUUCUCCAGAAUCUCUAAUCACUAAUGACAAUAGCAUUCAAGCUACAAAGAAAAUUAUAAUUAUUUGAAAUGUUCUACUGAAAGAAAAGUUUAAUAAAAUAUACUU